GCAACAACCGGGAGAAAGGUGUAGGGGGGCCGGGACCUGCCGACUCCUGAGUCCGGGGGCGGGGCGGGGAGUGGCAGGGCCCUGGCGGCUGGCGCCCGGUGAAGCGCUAAAGCGGGUCACGCUUCCUCCUUCCCUCCCAGUCCUUUCUUCUCCUCCCACCUGGGCCUCUGCGUGGGGACGCGCACCUGGCAACCGGCGGCCACGCUCCGCCGCGCCCCCACCUUCUCCGCUCUGGCCGGGCGCCCCGAGCCUGCCCUGCACCCCGAGCCCGCCCCCGGCGCCCGCCCCUCGCCUCUCUGCCAGCCCCGCGCUCCCUGGGGGCGGCCUCGAGCGCUCGCUCGUUGAUGCCGUUUUGGGGGUGACCCGGCGCGGCGGAGGCGGCGGCGGCGCCUCCACGGUGGGGGCGUGUUAGUGGCCGCGGCUUUGCGGGACGUCGGGUGUGUAGCUGCGGGGCGGCAGGGCGGCCAGCCGGCGACACCGCGUGUGCAGCUCGGGUUUCGGGACGCUGGAGGAGAGCGCCCCGGCCGCGCGGGAGCGGGACAUGUGGGAGCUCAGGCAACGGGGAGGCUGCCCCGGCCCCGGGGGAGCGGUGGCGCCGCCACCCCGCGAGGGAGAGGCGGCCGGCGGCGACCACGAAACCGAGAGCACCAGUGACAAAGAAACAGAUAUUGAUGACAGAUAUGGAGAUUUGGAUUCCAGAACAGAUUCUGAUAUUCCAGAAAUUCCACCAUCCUCAGAUAGAACCCCUGAGAUCCUCAAGAAAGCUCUAUCUGGUUUGUCUUCAAGGUGGAAAAACUGGUGGAUUCGUGGAAUUCUUACUCUAACUAUGAUUUCAUUGUUUUUCCUGAUCAUCUAUAUGGGAUCCUUUAUGCUGAUGCUUCUUGUUCUAGGCAUCCAAGUGAAAUGCUUCCAUGAAAUUAUCACUAUAGGGUACAGAGUCUAUCAUUCUUAUGACCUACCUUGGUUUAGAACACUAAGCUGGUACUUUCUACUGUGUGUAAACUACUUUUUCUAUGGAGAGACUGUAGCUGAUUAUUUUGCUACAUUUGUUCAAAGAGAAGAGCAACUUCAGUUCCUCAUUCGCUACCACAGAUUUAUAUCAUUUGCCCUCUAUCUGGCAGGUUUCUGCAUGUUUGUGCUGAGCUUGGUGAAGAAACAUUAUCGUCUGCAGUUUUAUAUGUUCGCAUGGACUCAUGUCACUUUACUGAUAACAGUUACUCAGUCACAUCUUGUCAUCCAAAAUCUGUUUGAAGGCAUGAUAUGGUUCCUUGUUCCAAUAUCAAGUGUUAUUUGCAAUGACAUAACUGCUUACCUUUUUGGAUUUUUUUUUGGAAGAACUCCAUUAAUUAAGUUGUCUCCUAAAAAGACUUGGGAAGGAUUCAUUGGCGGUUUCUUUUCCACAGUCAUCUUUGGAUUCAUUGCCGCUUACGUGUUAUCCAAAUACCAGUACUUUGUCUGCCCAGUGGAAUACCGAAGUGAUGUAAACUCCUUCGUUACAGAAUGUGAACCCUCAGAACUUUUCCAGCUUCAGAGUUAUUCACUUCCUCCCUUUUUGAAGGCAUUGUUGAGACGGGAAACAGUAAGCUUGUAUCCUUUCCAGAUACACAGCAUUGCUCUUUCCACAUUUGCAUCUUUGAUUGGCCCAUUUGGAGGAUUCUUUGCCAGCGGAUUCAAAAGAGCUUUCAAAAUCAAGGAUUUUGCAAACACCAUUCCUGGACAUGGUGGGAUAAUGGACAGAUUUGAUUGUCAGUAUUUGAUGGCAACUUUUGUGCAUGUGUACAUCACAAGUUUUAUAAGGGGUCCAAAUCCCAGCAAAGUGCUACAGCAGUUGUUGGUGCUUCAACCAGAACAGCAGUUAAAUGUAUACAAAGUGCUGAAGACUCAUCUUAUUGAGAAGGGAAUCCUACAGCCCACCUUGAAGGUUUCAUCACUUAAAAGACUUGUGUUUUAAAGAGUCACAACACUAUGAGUAAAUUGAGGAUGUCUUGAGAUUGCACCUGGCAGUGUGCCCUUUGCACAAAUAUUUACUUUUGUAGUCGGAGCUGCUCUUCAUUUCAGCAAAAUGUUUUAUGUAAGGCACAAUAGGAAGUUAGUUCUCCUCUACUUCCUCCUCUUUCAGUCUGAAGUAUUUUCUGAAGGGCUGAGUUGGAUCCAAAAAAGAAAGACUGUCCACUUUUCAAAGAAGUAAGUAAUCAUUUGCCAGGGAAAAACAUGCCACUUUUAGGUAAGUAAGUUUGAAAUUCAAAAGAGAGAGGCUGAAUUUUCUACCAUUAUUGGUUUGCCAGAAAGAGCAGACAUCACACUCUACUUUGAUCGAAUUGUUUGGAAAAACAUAACCUCAAAAACUUUCAAGAGAAACAAACACAGGAGAAUUCUGCUAUGAAGAACAUAUGUUCCCAUCCUCCACCCAUGAUCGCAACAGACAGUAACUCAGGAGGCAGCACUGGACGAUGACACAUGCAUAGCCCACCUCUCGGUUGAGUUCUCCGCUUUUGUUUCCCUGUGAACUGGUUUCCAUAAGUUCUGUAGCCACGAGCAUCAGUACAUAGGGUAGUGAGUAGGGGUGGUGACGACUGAGGCAGAGCAGGGGGUGCUCAGCUGAGUGAGAGUGACCCGUCUCUGGAUGCGGCUCAGCACGCCUGGGUCCUGGGCACCUACCUCUUGGUUCCCAUGGAGCCCACUGGACACUCACCUGGGAAGAAGCGAGAUCUGCCUGGAAACCCAGUCCCAGACUAACUCCAUGGUAGCAGCUAAUUCUUGUCGCAUUCUUCUUUCACAUCAUGUGAGAAAAUCUGAGGCCAUCAGCUGAUUUUUUUUUUUUUUCUUUCAACAAUGAAAAUCAAGCAGAAGUGAUUCCCACCAAGAACAAAAAGCACACAAAUGCCAAACCUUUCCUAUGGUGGACUGGACACUGUAACCAGAUGAGAAUAAAUUUCUUCUCAGUGGAUGUAAAUAAGCUAUUGUUGCUGUGUGCUCUCUACAGCUGUAUUUAUUGCAUUGAACAGUCAGCAGUGAAACCUUCAAAAAUUGCCUAAUGCUCCUUGGCUAAAUGUUCAGAGGAAAGAUAGAUAGAUAGAUAUAUUUUAAAGAAUGUUUUGCUAAUGAAAAGAGUAAAUAUUUUUGUUUAAAUCAGAAACAAAUUUCAAUUCUUUUAUAUUUCUGUUCUACUACUCUACUUAAAAAAAAAAAAUCGCAGAUAUGCCUGGGUUCCACAGAUGUAAUCUGUAACUAGCAGCCUCAUGUGUACUACAUGAUUACGGUGGAUACAGUUAAAGGCAGUCCCAAGAGUCUCAUUUCUUGGUCUGGCAUGCACUCAGUUCAUCGCCACUGGAUGUGUGCAGUCAGCAUUAUUUCACACUAUUCCAUAAAAAUUUAGAAUUGGCAUUGGAGGUGUUACUACAGAAGGAAGUGAUCAUUUUUAAAAUCAGGCUACCUUCAAGUUAAUUUUCAACAUUGCUUAUUUUUACUUGCUGCAUUAAAAGCUCCAAAUGUAGAUCAUAAAAGAAUUUACUUACCAAAAUUUUAAAAAUAAAAUGAAAAUUUUGUAAUAGGAACUUAUGUUGAAAACUUGGUGAAUUGCACCAUAAGAACUUGGAGAUACGCAGUUCCCUCUGCAUUUUUCCUUAAAAAGUGAUGAGUGAGGCACUGCAAAACAGAAUUAUGAGCACAUUACUGAAUACGUAUUAUAAAAUCAAUAUUAUGGUAAACAAAAUAUGAAGCUAGAAAUAUUUGGGGUCACAGUAAUAGCUAUCCUCAAAUACAUUUAGAGUUGGGUGUAUAUUAUUCUAUAUGUAAAAAAGUAAAUUCUUAAUCUUAACAGCGCUCUAAAGGUUGACGUUUUUAGUGUACUUUUAUAGCAUGUAUAUUAAAAUAGAAUAUAUUUUAUCAAGAAUAUACUUUAGCGAAGAUUGCCAUAAAACCCUGACUUUGAUCAUUUUUAUAUUUGCACUCUGAAGAGGGUUUAAAUUCCAGUGUAGCAAUGUGAUGGCAGAAAAAUGAAAGACUAGGAACUUCCGUUACAGUAAUGGCUUAUUGUUCCAAAUUUGCUAUUUGGAGAGGUACUCUAAUGGUACUAACUGCUUAGUACAAAUGUUUCCUCCGUGCUUUUCCCCUUGUGGUGGUGGGUAUACAUUUUACUGUCUGAGAAUAAAAAGACCACACCUACACGCACACACACACCACCGUUUUAUUCUCAUUUAUAGUAUCUCUUCAUUUGUAAUUUGGUUUGAACAAAGAUAGUAUCACCUUGUUCAGGGGAAAAGAAAAAGUGGAAACAGUGUAUAUAUACUGUAUAUGGGUGGGAGAUGAUAGAUAGCUUAUGAUAUGUGUCAGUCAUCAGUUCUCUGAACCUUUUACUGAAACUGAGAUAGAUAGGAAAAUAAAACUGAAACAAAUUACAUUUUGACUCUGUUGUGCCAUUUUCUCUUUGGAGAGGAAACAUUCAUUCAACUAGUCUUUACAAAAUGACAACUACAGAAAUAUUGUAUACUGUGUGUAUUUCAUCACUGAUACCUACAGUGACAUCUUCAGGGCUGGGAAUAAAUAAGUUCUGGUGAUCACUGAACAUGUGUGUUUGUCGAGAGGUGAUGUCCUCUUACUUGAAAGAGCACCGAAUUUCUAGGGUACUUCUUAGUUUAUAAUUACGUUAUUUAUUUUUGUGAAUCUUUGACCCAGUCACCACUAGAGCUUUAAGCUGCUUGGACAGUGGGUGGCAUCUGUUUUGAUGGUCACUGUGUUCCCAGUGUCUGGCUCAAUGCCGGCAACUCCCUAGGCCCUCAAGCUUCUGAACAAAUGAAAGCUUUGGGGUCUGAAGACCCAACUGUGUACAUUCCCAUUUGUGUCUCUUGGACAGCCCCUCCACACUCAUCCCAGUUUUCAGUUUUGUGUGGUUCUAAGAUGGGCUUCAUGAUUAUUAGUUCCUAGGGUUGUUUUAAGGGUUAAGUGAAAACUCAUAUGAAUGUGCCUUUGUGUUCAACAUACAGGAGUUGAUCCUGAGUUCCUUUCUUCUUCCUAUAUGCUCCUCUCCUGUUGUCCGUCUCCACUGGGAAGAG